AUGCAACAGGCCACACACCAACGUCUUCACGUCAGAGACGCCCAUGACGCUCAUAUCGUCUUUGAGGCGGUGCGGCAAGGCUUUCUGCCACCUGUUACCCGGCGGCUUAACGACAUGGAGCGAGGCAUGCUCAUUCGUUCCGGGGCCAUAUUUGUCUGGUUCGAAAGGGACGAUGACAGCGGGCUGAAACGCUGGACUGAUGGUCGUGUAUGGGGUCAAAGUCGGAUGAGAGAACCGUAUCUUUUCUAUGAUGAAAAAAUGCCGUACGACGCCGCACAAGCAGCGAAUGAGACCAAUCGGGCUCCCGCUUUUCGUUUUGUUGACGGAGUUGCUCGUCCUGGUCCUUCUUCCUCUGCUCUAUCCCACCAGGGUCGCACCGCAAAUCAUCACCCAGGUCUGGUUAAACAAGCAUACUCGGCCUGGGUGCUGCCAAAUUCUCAUACUAGGCCUCAAAAGUGGCAUCUCACCGCAUAUUUCACCUAUGCCGAUUUGCCUCACCUGCCGACUAUAGACCACGAUCCAAUCCUCCGGACAAUGAUUGUACCGUCUGGAAUCUAUCGCACAGGCAAAGCACGUUCUCGUAGUGAUGACGAAGACCAAGGAACCAGCGGUCAUCGAGGAUACUCCCAAGACUCAAACGCUCAAAAUCUUCUUCCGUCGUUAUCGACGAUACACGCCAGCGUUGGCCCGCCCCCUCCGGGAUUAACUUCAACGCGAACACCAGGCACUAGACUUCCUGAAGACCAACGCCUGAUCCAAAUGUUGAAUUCUAGACAUGUGAAGUAA